GGUAAAAAAAAUCGGGUUCUCGUUUUACUGGAAGCAGGGUUCACUGGUCCAGUAGCGCUCUCCAUAAGCUCUAGGUUAGCGUCUUCCCUAUCCUUUACCACGACGUUUGAGAUCGACCCUACUGAAGAUUUUGCUUAUCGGACCGCCGUGUACUCUCUAUUUCACCAAUGAGCUGCUGAUUCUGUGGCUUGGAGAAUAUAAACAUAUAGUGGUAUUGUGGGGCACUAAGAACAGAGAUUUCAUAUGAUGAUUUUGUCGGGAUUGAGUGGGAAACCCUCGAAAUGUUGUCUUCUGAGACCUAGUCCCAGGAUUCCACGUGAGCUGGUUUCAUCUUUUCCCAAUGGGAACUUUAGAGAAAAUAUUGAUUUGCAAUAUCUCAAAAGAAGUUGCUGGACGGGUCCUGCUCUUAGAGGCAAAACUCUCCAGAUUCGACACACUACUAAGUGUGCAUUUGAUGCUUCCGGAGAUUUUGCAAAUGAGUCUGCCGCUAUAUUCCCUCGAAUACAUGUAAGGGAUCCAUACAAACGGCUUGGCAUAAGUAAGGAAGCAUCUGAAGAUGAAAUUCAAGCUGCCAGAAACUUCCUUAUUCAUAGAUACGCAGGGCACAAAGAAAGUGUCGAUGCCAUUGAAUCAGCUCAUGAUAAAAUUAUUAUGCAAAAAUUUUAUGACAGAAAGAACCCAAAAAUUGAUAUCAAGAAAAAGGUCAGGGAAGUGAAUCAGUCUCGGGUUGUGCAGGCUAUAAGGAAUAGGUUCCAAACACCAUCUACAAAGUUCAUAAUCAAGUCAUCCAUUGCCUUUUUAGUUCUUGGAGUUCUCACCAUUCUUUUUCCAACCGAGGAAGGCCCAACCCUUCAGGUUGCUAUAUCACUCAUAGCUACUUUCUAUUUCAUACAUGAUCGACUGAAGAGCAAACUCCGAGCUUUCCUUUAUGGGGCUGGAGCUUUCAUAUUCUCAUGGCUGUUGGGAACCUUUUUGAUGGUAUCUGUGAUCCCUCCUGUAAUAAAAGGUUUGAGAGGCUUUGAAGUCACUACUUCAUUGAUAACCUAUAUCUUACUCUGGGUUUCAUCUACAUAUUUAAAGUAGCAAAGCAAAUGUUUUCUUCUAUUGUGAGAUUCAAAUUUUGCUGCGGAUGAGGUUCUGAUUCACAGUGUUCUGCUUCCCUGCCCCUUCGGUUGAUUAAUGGAGAGGAUAUGUUGAGAUUGAAGGGUUCUUUGUUUUAGAGUUGAAAAGGAUGUAAACUAUUACAGAUGGAAACUGUAGGUUAGUUGUUUGUUAUUAUCUGUAUUUCAUCUUUUGUUGCAAUGAUAAUCUUUCUUGUGCAGUUUUUUGAAA